AUGGCCGUUAGUCUUUACACAUUUGCAGAGUGUGUGCAGCCGUGUGGUGGAAAGUUAGAACGAAGUGCAAAGUGCAUCAACUAUGACUUCUUCCGUGAGCAAGAAGGUACUGAUCAGGCUAUUACAAAUUGUUCUCGAAUUAUCGAUACAGAAGAGGAUUGUGGACAGGACCUUGUUGCUACCUGCAGUACCUACGGAUGGGUUGGUACUGGUGAUAUUGACGAAAAUGCAACUUGUGGUGUUAUUGAAAAACGGGAAGUUAUGGCAUGUCAGUCAAAGGAAGAAGCGAGUGUUAGUUAUAAAACGGAAAUGCGUAAUUAUGUGCCAUCAGAAUGGACUAAAUGUGAUGCUAAAUGUGGCACAGGUACUCGAACAAGAACAAGAAAAUGCAUGCUAAGAGGAAGAAAGGAAGUAGCUCUGGAGCAUUGUCAAGAUUACUCUGGAAUUGUAGAUGUCCCUACUUCUGAAAGUUGCAGUAUUACUUACGAAUACAGGCCUAGAGAAUGGAGUGCGUGCAGUGCUACUUGUGCUAAAGGUACAAGACAAAGAGAAAGACGUUGUGUUCAGAUAAUAAAUGGGAUUGAAACAGGAGUUGAUUUUGAUGAAUGUGUUAAAGAUCCAAAGCCCUACUAUUCUGCUGAGGAUUUUGGUCCCUGUUCAGCAACAUGUGAAGGCACGCAGACUCGUACUAUCAGAUGUGACUGUCGUGUGGAAGGUGUGAUACAACAAGAAAACAUGAGCGUAUGUCAAGCACUGACUACUGGCCCUUUUCUAGCAACAGAGAGACCAUGCAACGAUAUUCCAUGUCCAACUUACCAUUAUAGCAUUGGGAGUUGGGGAGAUUGUGACUCAACUUGUGGUGCUGGCCAGCGCCGCCGUCCAGUUCAGUGCAUUAAGACACAAGGACCUGUUGUUACUGUUGUACCUCUGGAAGAGUGUAUUGAUAAUGGUGCAGGUCAAUCACCAGUUGAUGUUGAAAGCUGUAACAGCAGGUGCAGAUAUCAAGUCUUUCCAUAUCAAGAGUGUUCAGUUACAUGUGGAGGAGGAAUCCAAACAAGACUCGUCUUCUGUAUUAGAACAUCUGACACUGAAAGUGAAAGAAUGACUUUGGCCGAAUGUGCUAAUGAUCCCACUAAUACCGAAGCUUUAUCAGAAACUGAACAAGUUUGUAAUGAGCAGGAAUGUCCAUGCUUGAAUCCUCGAUGGCAGCCCAGCGUGUGGUCAGACUGUUCUCUAACGUGUGGAAAUGGAAAACGAACCAGGAUUGUGGAGUGUCGUUGUUUCAUUAGUGGACGAGACACGGUCGCCCCAGAUGAGAAAUGCGAAGGCCAGAGGCGUCGAAAUCUGAGAGAGAACUGUUACACACGUUGUCUUUGUGUUGAUCCUCAAUAUGUGGCUCUCCCAUUUGGUCCAUGUGACAAGACAUGCGGUAGUGAUGCAUUUAGAAAACGAGACUUGGAAUGUCAUUGUCAGAGGGGAGAAGAAGAGGCAGUCGAGGACAUAGAACUGUGUGACAACAGAAUUCCAGAACAGAAGCCUGUUGUAGUUGAACCGUGUGAGCUUGGUGAUUGUCCAUGCACUAAUGAUACCAUCAGAUAUCUCUACACCAGGUGGGGUGAUUGUGACAGAGAAUGUGAAGGUACAAGGAGACAAAAGGUCCAAUGUCGCUGUGAAAAAGAAAAUGUAGGCAAUGUUCAAAGUCAUGUGGCCAAGGAACCGAGACAAGGGUAG